ACACACAUUGCAGGUUUCCCACUCUCCAGCACUUCUGAUACCCUGGAGAAAGUCUUGUGCACAGAUAGCCAAAGCCCUCCUUCUAGUUUUGUUAUUUGAACUGCCUCCCAUCAGGCCUUGGGGAAGAGAGGGCUGACCUUUCCAAUCAUUCAAAAAGGAGGCUAUGUAUAAAGGUUUUGCCAGUUGCUGCAGCUGUUGUAACUGGUCUUCUCCAGUAGUGUGUGAGUAUUUGUCUGAUUCAGCUUGCUUGCUCUGCUUGUUACUGAGGAAUCAAGGCCCUUGAUGAUUUGCCUUCCUUGGCAGUGUGGAGAAGACUUUGGUUUGGACCAGAGGGGGCCUGCCCCACACACCAUGGCGAAGGAUGAGGGCUGCUGCAACUCCUGUGCCACUUGCCUCCUGUGCCUUUACAGUUGCCGCUGGACUCGCAGCAAGAAGGGUCUGGCAACCAGCAAGUGUGACUGUGCCUGGUUCUUCUUCCUCUUCUGCGUGAGCCUUUUCACCCUGGCCUGGCUUUACCUUGCCCUCAUCACCCUCAACGAUUUUCAUAACCUCAAUGAGUUCAUUUUCCGCCAGACAGAAUGGUGGCUGGACUGGUCGGUGGUGAUGCUGUCUGGAACAGCGGCACUGGUUACCUACUCCUCUCUGCUCCUGCUUCUGGCUCUCUGCUUAUACCUCUGCCACCAGCCCCUGAAGCUCCACUGGCUGCACAAGGCCCUCCUGGUCCUGACAGCAUUUUUAGUGGUGGCUGCUUUUGUGGGACUGGAAAUGGAGUGGGCAGAGCAGUGGGAAAGUGCUCGCAUCUCCCUACAGGCAACGGGCCCCUUCCUUCAUAUUGGAGCUGUAGUGGGCAUGACGCUGCUUGCCUGGCCGGUAGCCAACUGCUUCUACCGUACAUCCCAUUCAGUCCUCAAGGUCCUGCUCCUGCUCCUGUAUCUGGGUGCAAUGGUUGCUCUGUACCUGGCCCCACUGGGCAUUGACUCCCCCUGUCUUCUGGAGUACAGCCAGCUUCCCCCUAAGCCAACUCUGGCUGGGCAUCGUGGGGCUCCCAUGCUUGCACCUGAGAACACACUGAUGUCCUUCCAGAAGGCAGUCAACUGUGGUGUGCACGUCUUGGAGACGGAUGUGCUAGUGAGUGCGGAUGGAGUCCCUUUCCUCAUGCACGACGAGAAGCUCAUUCGGACCACCAAUGUCCAAGAAGUCUUUCCCACUCGGGCCCACGCCAAUGCUAGCACCUUCAAUUGGACAGAGCUGCAGCAACUGGAUGCUGGCAGCUGGUUCCUGCAGAAGCGCCCCUUCCUCACAGCCCGAAGCGUUUCUGGAGAAGACCGGGCCCUGGCCUGUGGACAGCAGAUUCUGUCCCUGAAGCAGCUGCUGGGUGAGGCCAUGAGGCACAAUGUGUCCAUCAUGUUUGACCUACGGCCCGAGGAAGAUCCCCAGUACGAACAGCUUGUCAAUGUCACUGUGGAGACCAUCCUACAGUCAGGCAUUUCCCCCGAGCUGAUUCUGUGGCUGCCAGACGGGUUCCGAGAGCAGGUGAAGAACAGGGUGCCGAGGUUCCAACAGGUCUAUGGGCGGAAGAGGCUGCAAAAUGAGACAGAAGAGCGGCUGCAUGUCAACCUGCCCUACCAAAACCUGAGCACCACCGAAAUCCAGGAAUACCGCCGUGACAACAUCUCGGUCAACCUGUAUGUGGUGAAUACCCCAUGGCUCUUCUCACUCCUGUGGUGUGCAGGGACCAGUUCCGUCACCACCAAUGCCUGCCAGGUGCUGCAGGGGAUGAAGCGCCCCCUCUGGCUGCUGCCUCGUGCCACGUACCAAAUGAUCUGGAUUGUGACAGACUGUGUCUCUCUGCUGCUGAUUGGCUGGGCUUUUCUGUUGCUGAAAAAAUGGUCCCGGAGAAAAGAAUCGGCAGGUUCUGAUUCAGAUGUGCUACUGACGAAGAUCCACACCUUGUUGUUAGAGUGAGUGGAACAAGGAGAGGGAGUAGGACCUGGCCUUCCUGCUGUUGCCUUUGGGGCCCUGCUCUCCUUCAGAAAUGCUUCUCUGGGUAUCGCUGGGCCCUGGUGGCUGCUACUGGGUACUGUUGCUGAUUGUAGUGGCCUCUGCUCUCCAAAGCCAAGAGAAACCUGGAUCAAUGUGGCUUCUGAGCAGGACAGAAUGGACUCCAGCACUUCAACAGGUGGGUCCCUAACCCAGGGCUGCAUCUGCUGCAAAAGCACAGGAGCAAAUUUGUAUCGGCUCGGACAGAGACCUGGAUCCUACUCUGCAAGGGCUAAUGUGUUCUCUGUAGUGUGGGAGGUGAAAGGAGGUGUUGUUGUUUUUAAGUGUGUCUAAAGCUUUUGUCAAUAAAGCACCAGAUGUGGGCUGGGAACAAA